UUGCACACACACAACUGUCUUUCUCCCCACCUCCAUGUGUUUUUGGGCUCCGCUCACAGGAACCCAUUGCACACUGUCGUCUGACCUCUGACAUUUCCAUUGUAGCUCGGAGGGCUGACCACUUAGCUUCCGCUCUUUGUUAAGAGUGUAAUUCCCCCCUUCAAAGUUUCAGCUUAAGGAAUGGUGCAAGGAGGAUUGUAGGAACAACUCGCUCUGAAGCGCAGAGAGGCAUAAGCAGCUGAAAAGGAUCUGCAAUGAUAGCUAAGAUUUUACUCCUCUGUGGCACUAUUGAGUUGGUGCAGUCAGAUGUCAGAUCAAGGUAUCCCCAUGGGCACAAGCCAUGGGCACAAGAUCACAGGAUGCCAACAAACCCACAGCGGUCUUCCCUGCCUGAAGAACACUGGGAAAGAGAGCUCGGCAGUGAGGAAACCCCAAGCCAAGCUUCUGUCACUGCGAUUGAGAGAGACAAUUAUGACGCUGGAUACCAUCCAUCCAGAAAUGGGAACUGGUGCUCUUCUGUUCGGUCCCGGCUGGUCACCUACACAGCUGUAUGCCAGACAGAGAAAUAUAUCAUAAAGUCACAGCAGCCAUGUCCAAAUGGGACGCCAGAUUGCCAGAAGAUCAUGUACAGAGCAGCUCUCAAGCCGGUUUACCAGGUAAAACAAAAAGUUGUGAGCUCUCUGUAUUGGAAGUGCUGUCCUGGCUACAUUGGCAAGGACUGUGAACACCACGAGCCGAAUUUCUUGCCGGCAUCCGCUGAUCAGCUAGGAAGCUGGGAAGAAGACAGAGAAACAUUCUCAAGCCAAACAGGAGAAAUCAUAGAAACCCAGCAGAGACAUGAAGCCCUGCUGGAGGACCUGCAGAAUGAUAUUCACCAGGCAGCAAGUCACUUGGGGGUCCUGCAGAAGGCGUUUCACCCUAAUGUCAGCAGCACAAGGGGAGAAGCAAACCACAACGACUCCAACCAGAGAGCAGCUUGGGCAGCUAAGAGUGCAGAAGGGCAGGAGCAAUUCCUUCAGCAAAUGCUUUUUCCCCAUGUGGAGAAUUUCUUAAGGCUCCAUUUUCACCCAGUCUGGGCAAGCUUCAAUAAAAGUCUACAGGAUCUUUCUAUUGCCCUGAAAAACCUUUCACAAAAUGUCGAGGCCAAUCGGAGAAACAUAGAGAGCUUCCAAGAAAGCACCGUGCCCAAGAAAGAUUUCCAAGAGCUUGGGACAAAGUUUGAAUCCAAAAUUCAAGAUAAUGUCCUGAAAGUGGAGCAGAUGAAGAGAGAAAUUGAGAGUCAUUUCCAUCAACAGCAGGCAGCCAUUCACUACAAUCUCACCAUGAUCAAAGCAGACAUUGACAACAAGCUCAAGAGAAACCACAAAAUACAACAUAUCUCUUUUUCAGCUUUAAACCACAGCAUCAUAGACAUGAGACAAGAGCAAAAUAAACUCCAAGGAGAGCUUGAGGUCCUGAGCAGAAACCUAGCCUUCCCUGUACAACUUGGUAGCCAAAAUGAGCCAUUUGCUGACAUAGACGUUCAAGUUCUCAAUCAGACCCUGACAGAGCAUGCUGAACAGCUAAAGGAACUUUAUAAGGAGUCUGAAGAGGACUAUCAAGAACUAACUCGAUCAAUCAGUAACUUAAAAGUCAACUUAAGGCAGAACAUAGAGGAGUUCAGGGUAGAUUUAAUUGAAAAGGAUCUUAUAUUAGAGGAAUACAGAGAAGAUAUGGAAAGAAAAAUUCUAGUUCUCAAUGAUACUCUGGCCAAUAUUGAACAAGGCCACUGGGAUCUACAGAGGUCUUUAAAAGCAUGUCAUUGUGAAAAUCUGCCUCUAGGCAAUAAAGAAGAUCAAAUGAACAUCAGCCAAAUAAACAGAGAAGAAAUAAAGCAGCUAGAGGCACGAUUAAAAGACCUUGCUGCAGCUUUCCCCCUAAUACACCACUCUAUAGAUUUCCAACAGGAACAGAGCCGGAAAUUGGAAGGCAGCAUGUCUCUUCUUAAGUUCCACACUGAAACACUGUCUGAAAAUAUUGGAACCCUGAAGGAAAAUGAUGAGAGGAUGCAUGGGCACAUCAAAUAUCUCAAUAGCUCUUUCAACUCUCUGCUCAUGGAUGCAAUGAGACAUGAGAAAGCACUUGUAGCUGUGCUUGGGGAUGAAAUUAUGGACGCCUUGUCCGAAGAUGACUCUGGCACCUUUUUCUCACCCCCAGAUCAUCAGCAGGUGUUGGAUAUCAGACUGAUCUUAGAUCAUCUAAAGAAGCAAAAUGUUACAUUAGAAUCCCUUAUAGACAGAAUUCAUUCUCUGGAGAUGGAACAUGAGAACGAUUCCAGUGCCAGUAAAUCUACUAAACAGCCUGUCCCUGAGAAGGAGGCAGAAGAUACUGUGCAAGAGGUCAACUCUGAACAUGACAGAGUGAAACAUAUGGAACCAAACCAUGAAGCUGCCAUGGAGGAUGCUCUUGACAAUCCAGCCUAUCAUGAUAUCAUGACUCUAAAGAAAGAGAUUGAACACAUCAGCAAGGAAAUGAAGAAAUACGAAUCACAAUGGAAUCACACUAGUUUCUGCUGUAAUCGUACCAGAGUCAAUUUUAUGGAACCACUCACUAUUUCAGUGGAGAACCUGAGGGAAGACCUUGCAACAACCCAACAAAGCUUUGAAGAGCACCUACAGAUUUUUCAAAAACUGUUUGGAAGCAACAAAGAAUUAGCUGCUGCAAAUAUAAGUCUAGAUGUUGCAAAGAUUCAGUCACUGGUAGGCAGAAGGAUGAGAAAGCAACUGAAAGUUCAGGACCAUCAAAAAAUAAGGGACAAGAAGGAGACCAAUGUUCGCCGAGAAGGAACUUUAAAUGGAAGAAACAAGAUAUACUUGGAGAACAUGGAGACAGGCACAGCUGUGGCUUUUUAUGUGAGGUAUCCAGAAGAUGGAGCAUCUAUGUCAUACCUCAAUGGAACAUAUCUUAAUUAUGGAGGAGGUUUCUAUCCUGAACAUGGUUACUUUAAGUCACCUCAGAGUGGUAUCUAUAUGAUUGCUAUCAGUAUGGAACUUCCUCCAGGGCCUGCUUUGGGGCAACUAGUUUUCAGCAAUGGACACAGAAUGACACUAAUGAGCUAUAAGAAGAUAAAGGCAAAUGGAGGCCCCAUGACUAUUUUUGCACUAGUAGAGCUGAAGAAAGGUGAACACAUGUCAUUUGAACUGGUGCAAGGUGCCUCAGUAAAGCAGGAGCCAGCUGGUUUGAGUAUGGCAGGAUUUCUGAUAUUCAAAACUUGAAAAAAGGCCCUGAUAUAGUAGAUGCCUUCCUUUAAGCACAACAAACCUCCUUCUCUGACUAUUGCGCUGGUAUUGUCUAAAGGUAGCCCCACCCUUGAAUUGUUUCAGUGGUGCUUUCUAGACAUAGUUCAGCAGCUGCUUAGCAGCAUCAAAAACAAAUGUGAGCUGUAUGAAAAUUCAACAUAUUUCUUCCAUACUUUAAAAAAAGUAAAAUUCUAUAAGAGUCUUUGAUUCCAUUCAUUUUCUGCAGCUCAAGAAAGAGCUUCCCUUUCAAUCCACAAUUACAGAAUCUGGCUAUCUUAUGAGCAAUAUCAUCACAUGUGAAAGCCAAUAAAAAUUGUUUCACUCAGCCAUGUGCCCUAUGUGAGGUAUGCACAUAUAGGAUUUUAGAUUUAGAAAAAUGGGAAUUUCUAAGGUCUGUAAUGUUGUUUGUAUCAGAAUGUAAAUUGAGAUAAGUGUAUCACUUAAGCAACAAUCCUACAUAUAUUUAUCAGUACUGUAAGUCUCACUGAAAUCAAUAGGGCACAUUUCUGAGGAGGCAUGUAUAGGAUUCAACUCCUCCUGUACAUCCUUGAUAAUUAUCUUCUUCUAUACCCUAGGAUGUAGCUUACUUUGCAAAUUUUAAUAUCUUAUUGAAACACAGGAAUCUGCUGAUAAGAUCAGUGCUUAUGCCAAAUAUUCCAUGUAGACACCAACAUCAAAUGGCCACUUCUAGACCAGAUAAUAUUAAGAUCUCCUUUAGUGAAAAUAAUUCCCAUUCAUAUCAAACAAUGCAUAGGGAUAAAGCUUAUGAGAGGUGGAUACACAUUUUGAAAUUAUCAACAUGUACUUUCAGAAAAUUAAACAUUUUUGUUUUGUUUUUAUAAACAGUACUGACCUUUCUAUUAAUUCUUUGGAUCUUUUUGUUCACCUGCUAGAUACUGUCAUUAUUUCUGGCUCAUGGCAAUCUUUGCCAGGUUUCCUAAGUAUAAAGCCCUCAGAAGUGGUUUACAAAUCCCUUCUUUGCUGGUACUCCUACUCACUAAGCUAUCAUGCCACCUACUUAAACCUAUAUAUAGCUCUGCAAAAAACGAAACAAAACAAAAAAGACAAAAACAUGCUAAGUUCUCCUCUUGGUAAACAUGCAUAGGAGCAUGUAAUAAAGUUGUGCGAGACUGAGUGUUUCAAAACUGAAUAUGCUACCUUAUAACCUGAAAAGCCACUACCAAUAAGUUUUAAAACAAUGUGUAUGCGUGCAUGUGUGGAUGCAUGCCCAUGUAUACACACACACUUAAUGUACCAUGGGUUUAUAAUAUGUUCUUAUGCAUGUUUACCAAGAGGAGAACAUCACUUAAGGUCAACAGUCUUAUUUGGUUACAGGCUCACAGCCUUAAUUUAAAAAAAAUGUGUGUGCUUAUUGAAGAUUAAAACUACAAUGAUUAUUAUAAUUUUAUUUACAUAUUGGUAUUGCUGUUAAAUAGGCAGAACCCCAAGUCCCUUUGAACCUACAUGCUACUAAACCAGAAAUAUACUUACCACCUCAAUUCAGCCAGGUAGUAUGUAUUUUACUUCUUGCAGCAAGUUUAGUAUACUGUUGCAACUAUUUAACCUCUGCAGCAGAAAUAUAUACUCUGAAUGCAAUGUCUUCUGUGCAGUAGGUGCAUAACUUCAUAAUAAUGUGUUUUCACUUCAAACAGCCACAACAGAACAUUAAAGAAUAAACAUGUUCUGAAUUUAAUGAAAUAACAAUCCCAAUUUAACUAACCAGGUUGUUGUACAUGUAAUGAUCAAAUACUUAGGGCCAUGCUGGAUCUCCUUCCUGCACUAAUUUUAAAACAUGCAGUUAUUUGUGCAGAAGAACACUGAAACCAGAGUGCAGUAUAAACUGUACAUGCUGUACAUCGUUCUACAUGUUAAUGGUAAAAGCUUCCAUUAAGCACGGACCUUUGUGUAGCCCAGUGGGAUUGUUCACAUAUGGAGGAAGAUAUCAGCACCUCUAGAAAACUCCAGGGUUUGCAGAAACAAAAGAAAAUCUCAGAAAUAGAUAAUUAAAGACUUGGAAUUCUCAAUGACUACAGAAUGCUAACUGGUUGAUGUCAGGCAUAAGUGGAAUGGCAUAUUCUGAGAACAACAGAACAAAAAUCAUAUCUGGCUUGGACUUUGAACUGAAACACCCCAUACAGCAAUAUUGUGCUGUAUUCCAUCUGAAUGCAUUGAUCAAAAUGUUCUUGUGUAAAGUUAUGCCCAUGCAUGCUGAUGACACCACGAGAUAAAGGAUCUUACUGUUCAUUAAGAGUUUCCUAUUCCACACAUAUACCUCUGCAGUUCCAGGGCUCUGUUCGGAUCCCUUCUGAUCUGGGGAAGCCUUCUGGAGCCUCAGGAGUGGGUGGGAGGAAGCUUUUAAUGUUCAAAAAUUGCUGCUGAGAGUCCUUGGUGCUGGGAUCAGCACCAACAAUUUUUGGGCCAUUAAACUCCCCGGGCCAUUCCAAGGUUUCCAGAGACUUCUUCAGGUCAAAGGACAUUGCAAAAGAGCCUCAGAACCUGGGGUGGGAGGUAACAGGAAACUUUUAAUGAGUGAUAAAACCCCACAGCUGAUGAUGUCAUUAGCUUAUACGGAUAUAACUUUACGCAAGAGGAUUCUGGCCAUGAGAUGUAGUCAGCAUCUUCGAGACAGAUGAAAAAAUGGGGAAGGGAAUCCUUGAAGGAAAAAAAACUUGGAAAGGCUGCUUUACAUACCAAGGUGGGAUGUGCUGCUUUACAAAGAAAUAAAAGAUGCACCACUUUAAGAGUAGAACUACUCAUGCCACACAACACAGUUGUUAUUUUAAAAAAAUCAGUUUCCUCACAUGAAGUUGUUCAUCCCCUCCAUUAGUGCAUCAUCAUUUACUCCAUGUAAUUUUACUGUAACACAAUGUGUUUCUCUACCUUAACUCACUAGCACUGCUACUGUUAGCAUAUCUAAAAGGCACACCAAAGAGUUAGUAAUGCUACAUGUUAUUGGGGAGGGGGAAAAUAGGAAGGCAUUUAAUUUUUAACAACCACUGCAGGUUGUGUAUGUGGCAUAAAUUCUGCACUACGUGAACAUGGGGUUCUUUCUCUUGUCAGUAUGGAACAGUGCAAUUGCUCACACAAAUUUCUUUUUGCCUGCAUACAAAACAUGCCCACUCAGGAAUUAAGAAAAGCAUUACUUGUCUCAAGCAUAGCUUCUACUCCUGUAAAAAUACACAGAAGCAGAGAGCAGAAGUGACUAAUGCAUUGUUUGACAAUAUCUUAAAGAGAAAAAGAUCUGCAUUUCGAACAAGUAUGCACUCUUCAUCAAGGUUGCAGUUUGAAUGUUAUUUUGCACUUUAAGUACAAUCUUUAACCACUUUAAGUACAAUCUUGCAACGCAUAUACGUUUUUGACACUUGUUUUAAAACAGAAAAUGCUUUUGAACACAAAUACAAAAUUGUUAACAAACAAAUGUAUUACUAAUGUUUACUAAAAUAAGAUUAUUUACUUAAAAAUGAUACAUUGACAUAAAUCUGUGUACAGAACAAAGCAAUUCAUGGUAAACUUAAGGCACCUUUUAAAUCAGAUGCUAUACAAAAAGACAUUUAGCAUGUUACAUUUACAGACAUUCUAAACUUCUGGCAUACAUAACAAAAAGAGUAUACUGCUUAUUUCACCCUUUCUCUUUGUAUUUACAUUUUACAUAGGUUAGCUACAUUAUUCUCUCUGUAUACAAUAUUGUACAUUUUAAUAUUGGACAUGGAUGAAUCAGAGCACAAAACAUGAGUAGAGUUUGUUGGCUUCUCUACUGCAAUCAGGGCUACUGCAGGGCAAGGAACUAUUCAAUGUGAUGAUUUUAUUUGGAUGAGAGUGAAGUAUUGUUCAUAUUUAAUACAGGCCUUUACUUUUAGAAGUAGCCCAGAAGAAACUUUUGUAAAAACUACGAAGAAACAAAGAUGCAUUAGGAAUUAUCCUGUUAACAGGAUUUGUUUCACUGAGUUUUAUACAAGAGAAGUUCCUGGUGACCUGCUUCUCGUGCUAUUACAGACCUAUGGAUUCAACCACACUGUGGGUUUUAGAAACAUGCCACAAGUCUUGGGGACUGAAUAGAAACAGGACUAGCUGAAUUUUAUACCGAAUUACUGUCACAAGGCAAGAUAAUUGAACAAAUCAAGAUAAAAAUGACUUCAAUAAAGAUAAUCCAAAUCAAAGGCCUUUCACAGCCAGAAGACUGUUUAAUUUAUCAUACAGUAUGCAAGUAAGUCUGAGACUAACAUUUUAGUUACAGUUCUAAGUCAGAUAACAUUAUUGCAGAGAAGGGAUCUUAUUUUGAAAAUCAAAUUUUUAGAAUCUGCUAUCCUUUUGAUCAGUUUUAUGUGCUUAUGAAUGCAGAGAAAAAAAAUAAAAAGCUUGUUUUCUGUAUUCGAGAAGGAUUUCACGGCUGGGAUCUAAUGGUUGUUGU